AGUGAGUGUGCUGCUGAUAUGUAAAUGAGGGUCAUAUCCCCCUCAUAUCUUCACGUCGCUGUCAAUCCCCUAGCCUUAUGCAACGAGGCGACAGAGGAGGAUGGAAGGGGAGGACGAGGACUCCCACCCGGAGAUGAAGCACUUUGCUCUGCCUUGGCCUCUCCCCAGGUUGCGCUCCUUCAGUGACGCCUGCGGAUUUCGCUCCAGGGUUCUGAUCAGGCUCCGGGGAUCCCGCUCAGUUGAUGGGCUGGAGAAAUCGGCGUCGCUGGCCAGCUGUGACGUGGUGGUGGACGGCGCCGCCAUUACCCAGAAUGCCCCCGCGGCACGGCAGCAACGAGGCAAGCUGUCGUCGCUCGGGAAGCUGUUCAAACCCUGGAAGUGGAGGAAGAAGAAGACCAGCGACAAGUUCCAGGAUCUCUCCAAAGUUUUGGAGAGAAAAAUCUCCACCAGACAAACGAGGGAGGAGCUCAUCAAAAAAGGAGUUCUCAUCCUCGACCAAGACGAGACGGUCGGCAGCGAGAAUCUGAACGGCCACGCCACGUCUGGCGUGACGUCAGAGGAGGUUAAAGUUGACAUCGAGUCCCCGGAGGCGGCGCCGGACCAAAAGGCCACCGGACCCGACGGCUCUGAGGACAAAGCGGAAAGGUGCGAUGCUAAACCCGCCGCCCGGGCAAAGCAGGCGCAACCCCGGGACGCUCAAGCUAAAAAAACGCAGAGCCCCUCUCUGCCCGCCUCCUCCAAACCGGCGGGUGGCUCUGCGUCCACGGCCAAGGGGGCUAAAAAGGCCGCCAAAGCCGCAGGCAAGACAGGCCCGUCCACUCAGGCUAAAGCUAACCCACGGAGCACUAACAACACUAGUCGCGGUGUCGCCAAAACCUCCCAUCUAAAGAAAACAGCAAAAAACUCCACCUCCACCUCCAACUCCAACUCCACCCCUCGUUCCCGUGCAUCUAAGGACGCUUUAGCGCAGACGGAGGGCACCGAUGCGAGGACGAAGCGGAAAUCGACCCCUCCCCAAAAGGCCCCCGCGGAGACUCCGAGCGCCAAGGCGGCCUCGUCCAAAGCCCCGGGCAAAGAGGCGGGGGGGACUCCCGAUGCCUCGGCCGCGGGCGAGGAGCCCGCCGCCCAGCCCCCCCACGUCAACACGGCCACGGAGGACACUUCCUUCAACGUGGGGGAGACGGGCGGCGACGCGCAGGGGGAGAAACGGGGGAGAACGACGAGAGGGGAGGGCGGGGCAGAAGAGCCCCCGGGGGAGAGCAGCCCGAGGUGCGCCGAGGGCCACGGCGAGAGGCCGGCGGGGCUCAGCGUGAACACGGAGCGGGCCCUGGUGACGGUGAUCCCCGACAGGCCCGGAGACAGCAGCCAGACCAGCGACUCCGACUCCGACGGACCCAUCCUCUACCGAGACGAGGAGGACGAGGAGGAAGACGAGUACACCACCAGCGCGCUCGCCGUCAAGAUCCGCCGGCGAGACACCUUGAACAUCAAGCUGGGGAACCGUCCCAGCAAGCGGGAGCUGGAGGAGAAAAACAUUCUGCCGCGGAGCUCUGAGACGGAGAGACAUGAGCGGCGCCAGCUGAUCGGCUCCAAACUAGUCAGGAGCUUGAGCCAAAGACCCACCACGGAGGAGCUGGAGCAGAGAAACAUCCUCAAGCAGAAGAAUGAAGCAGAGGAGCAAGAAGCCAAGCAAGAGAUUAAAAGGAGACUCUCCAGGAAGCUGAGUGUGAGGCCUACAGUGGCAGAGCUGGUGGAGCGCAGGAUUCUGUGUUUCAACGAGUACGUGGAGGUAACGGACGCCAAAGACUACGACCGGCGGGCGGACAAACCCUGGACCCGACUCACUCCCUCCGAUAAGGCUGCUAUCCGUAAGGAGCUGAAUGAGUUCAAGAGCCGAGAGAUGGAGGUUCAUGAAGACAGCAAAAAGUUCACCAGAUUCCACCGGCCAUAAGUGCUCUGGCGGACCAGCUGGACGUCGGCAACCGAAGGUCCACAGCUCCCAGCAGCCCCCCCCCCGCCCCCUCCCCGGCCCUCCAGACCCCCGGACCCUCAGUACACAGCUCAGUCUAUUUCGCCUUAGGAUCCUCUUGCAUCUGAUGAUAUUCAUUUCUGUCUAUAACAGUAACAGGUGUGUCUUAAGGCCCUCGGCCGUCCAUGGACACCAGUGAAACAUUUGCACAUAUCUCUAGUGAGAACAGUGGUAUGUACAGCGCUCUGAUUUGAUUAUUUAUUACAGAUGGCCAGAACAUGCUGGUAUGAGAUGCCUCUUGUUUAUUUUGUUCAUGGUAGAGGGGCUCCAGAGGUGGAAGAAAUGCACAGAAUGACCCUCUCAGCGGAGUGAAUGCGGCUCAGCUGCACUCGGGAGUUUGUGUACUUGUACCCGGGUCUGUUGCUAAAUGUCCAUAUAAAGGCGUCCUCCUGGAACAGGAAGCGGCGGGCGAUUGGACGGUUGCCUGCUGGUGCCGGUGUCACAGAUCAUAGGGGAGCAGAAGCAAGGCCUCUCUUGAGCUCAGUUUUAGACAUAUUUAAAGUAUAUUGCCACUAGGGGGCAUUAGAGUUCUAGUCUAGGAGGUGGAAUGUAGACGAAGAAAGUGUUUGUAUUUAUAUCUGCUGAAAGCCCGGGGACCGGCGGGCACCUGAGGCUCUUAACAGUGAAGUGCAAUAGGAAUCACGCCAAUCCGAGGUCCAUGUGCUGACGGAAGCCGCGUCUUACGUUGAGUUAUUAAGCGCAAACCUCUGUUGACAAAUUGCUGGACUUCUCCGUCUCCCGGAUCCAGUUUCCAACCUUUGACGUCGAUCUUUUGGCUCAGGCUCUAUUGUGGUGCCAAAGAAAAGGCAGAUAUUUGAUUCCAUGUCGGUGUUGUGACUUAAAGUGAUCGCCCCCCCCCAGUGAGGCAAUCGACCUUCUUCUUGAAGAGGCCCAGAAGGACAUUUAUUUUUUCCAAUUCCAAUGUGCUGUCUGCCCCACGAUAGAUACGCAAGGAGAGACCUACUGAGAAGUGAUCCUUUUACAUUUUGCCCAAACGCGCACUUUGACUCCAGUGGUAAAAGUCGGACCUUUUCAACACACAGUUUGAUUUAUGAAAGAGAUGUAGAGCAAAACGAAUAUGUCCAUGUGUGUUAUAGUAAUCAAUCACACACAUGGGAGGUAUGAAGCAGCACAAUGCAUUUCUUACGUUUAGAUUCAUGAUUUGUCCGUAACAUGGAAGUGGUUUGGGUUUUACGGAUAACUGGUGCUCACCUUUAAUGCAAUGGGAUCAAUUCAUAAUGCCUUGUUUUAGUGUGAAAGAUCUGCAGAGGGCCAACCUGACCUUACAGCGUCAUAAUAGAACGGAUAAGAAGGAGGAUUUUCAUUUUCCCAAGACGAUAAGAAAGAAAUGGGCCGUGCAGAACAUACCUAAGUGCUGUUUCUAGGCAACAUAUUGCCAGCAGUAUCUUAAAUUACUGCCACGCCUUAACCAAGCCUGCCUGGUACUUAAACACACCAUGGACAAGCCAGGAUACAGGAAGGUAGUAAUAUAUCUUAUUUUCUAUUCUGUUCCACCUUCACUUUAUGCAGCAGGCAUUUCGUGGAGAGAGACUCUGUUCAAAAGCAAUUUAAAAUCCUUUCUGGACUUCCCCUUUGCUUCAUUUCUCCAGAGUCCUGUAGGUCAACUUGCACAAACCAUAAAAAAAAGACAAACAAGCAGGAAGUGACUCGACAUUAAAUCUGCUUCAGGCCCGGUAUAUAAUGCAGAUGCAUUAGUGAGUCAACAUGAUUCUGAUUGGAUUCACGUACAAUUGGCUUUCAUAAAAUGUUCAAAAACUGUAAUAAACAAUUUAGAUACACUAAGUGGAUAAAGUGUUGGUAGAACAGCUCCCAUUGUGGCAGAGGAAACAUUAAUAUGCUGUUUACAUUCAUGCAGAAACGUUAAAGCAUUACUGGUAACAGUUAUUUUCACCCAGCCUAUUUAGCAUUUAUACGUAGUGCAUAGUUGAUGAGUAAAUGGUCGUGUAGGUGUAAGCAGAUAUAAAGACAAUUUAAUUCUACAACAAAUCUUUUCUAUUACAAAAAGUGCUGCUGUGAAAGAGGUGGAGCUCAUGAAUCUGCAGCUCCUCUCGGCUUCAGCGACGAGUUUUAUUCACCCUCGCGUCGCGGCUCUCUCUCACGGCAUCAUUUCUGCCCUGGCGGACGCAGCGGGGGGGGGGGGGGGGGUGCUUUUAGCAAAGAGACGAGACGGUUGGUAGAGACCAAAAGCUGAGCUAAAAGAGAGUAAAAAUGUAUAUUUGCUGAUGGACGUUACUCUGUUGACAUCGACGUCGGCCUCAUCGACUGAAAAGUUGCUAAUCUGCAAAAAAUAUAUUAUAACUCAUUCCUUUUUUUAUAUAAUGAUAUUCAACACAUUUAUACCUGGUUUUAAACCUGUGUGAAUGAUUUUAAAUGUUAGUCAAUAGCUAAUAGUUACACAGUCAUGAAAAGCUGUGCUGUCAAUAAUUCAUUAUAUAACAAUUAUGGAUGAAAAGUUAUAGUUCUGAACCUCGACAAAGAGCAUAAACAUUUAAAAACGUCUUUAUAUUUGCUUAGAACUACAUUAUAAGUAGUGUGUUACAAUCUUUUAUGAGUGUUAAUAUACUACUUACGAAUAGAGCUUGUUAUCUCUUUUAACACAACGCUGACUUACUAAAACUCCUCGUCAGGACUAUCAUCGCAUUUCUUUGAUGAUAUAACCCGUCAGUAUUAAUCACAAGGAGCGAGUCCUGUAAGAACCUUUACGGCUGCAGUCUCUUUCAUCUCAUCUGACAUGGAACUGUGAAAUAAUCCCAAUAAAACCAAAGAAAAGUUCAAAUAACACAACUUUUGUUUCUUUGAAAAGUUUAGGUAUUAAACAUACAAUUCCUGCCAUUAUAUUUAUUUAUUUUUAAAUCUUUGAAGAAUCAGUUGGACGCUUGUUUUUUUCCGAGCUGCUGCUUUUAAUUUGCAGCUUUAACAUGAAGAUGGAAAUGUUUACAUUUGAGGACGUCUGCUGUUGUUGAUGUGGUCGUGUCUUUAACACUUUCACUAAUCAAGCCCCCCCCCCCCCCUCCUCGAAAAGAAAUCAAAGAUCCAUAAUCAGACAGCUCCUAAAAGCCUUCAUUCUUCAGCAUGUGAUCUCUUCUUAAUGUCGUCACAUUCACAGAAUAAGGUGAUUUCACACGUCUCAGCUCUAAAUGCAUUGAAAAGUCUUUGAAAAGCAUUGAUUUUUGUUUUGUUUUUAUUGAUCUUUGAAGUCGUUGUAUGAUGUCAUAUAUCCCCAAAACCCCUACUGUUACAUUGAAACUGUGUAUAUUGUUUUUGUAUAUAAAGAAUCAUCGGAAAAGAUCAA